AUGUCCAACAUUCACGAAAAACGCAAAGGAAGAGCCUGGUACCACUGGUACUCGGCAGACGAUAGCCCGGAAGAAAAACGACUGAUCGUGAAACUCGAUCUGCUCAUCAUUCCAUACGCCGUGAUAGCAUACUGGAUCAAGUAUAUAGAUCAGUCAAAUCUUAAUAAUGCCUACGUCUCCGGUUUAAGAGAAGAUCUCGGCUUCAAUGGAAAUCAGCUGGUUGAAUUAAACUCGAUGUAUGUGACCGGAGCUGUCAUCGGACAAAUACCGUUCACGUUUCUGUUCCCGAUGUUUCCUAUGAAUUGGACUAUUCCAGCUUUAGAGACAGGAUGGGGCAUCUUCACGCUCUUGCAGUAUCGAACGCAAAGUUAUAGCGAGUUGAUGGCAUACCGAUUCUUUGUUGGUUUAUUCGAAGCUGCAUUUUUCCCUGGAGUUCACUAUGUUCUCGGGGCGUGGUAUCGCGGUGAUGAGCUUGGACGACGUGGCGGUGUGUUCUAUGUUGGGCAGAUGCUGGGAACGCUUACUGCUGGGUUGAUACAAAGUGCUGCUUCUGCGAAUCUUGACGGUGUGAACGGACUAGCGGGAUGGAGAUGGAUGUUCAUAAUCAACGCCCUAAUGACCGUUCCCGUAGCCAUAGCAGGCGUCUUCAUCUGGCCUGGUACACCCGCGCGACCAAACAAACUCUUCCUUAGCGACACCGAACUUGAACUUGCCGUAUCCCGUCUCAAAGACGUCAAAGCAGACACUACCGAAGUAGUGAAAGAGUCCCGUUUCAAGCUCAUCAAGCGAAUCGCCACAGAUUGGAAGAUCUACAUCCUCACCUUCUGGGCAAUCCUAUUUUGGAACUCCGGUUCCACGUCCUACGGCGGCUAUCUGCUCUGGCUUAAGAGUCUUAAACGCUUUUCUACACCCAAGGUCAACCAACUCGGUACCACUGCCCCUGCACUCGGAAUAUUCUACGUGCUCUUCGUGAAUUUCAGUUCAGAUCUUCUCUGGGGUCCAAGUGGAGCAAUUGCAUUCGCACACGCCUGGAAUUUCACGGCCAUGGUUAUACUAGCAACUUGGAAAGUCCCAGAGGCUGCGAAAUGGUUCGCGUUUAAUUCGGCGUAUACUCAAGUUGCCAUGAGUAGCGUUCUGUAUGGUUGGGCGAAUGAUAUUCUCAGACAUAACACCGCUGAGCGCUCGUUCAUUAUUGUGUUCAUGAAUUUGGUGGCGCAAAGUACGACGGCUUGGACAGGGAUACUCGCGUUUCCGACGAAAGAGGGGCCGCGAUUCUUGAAAGGCUGGACGUUCUGUGCGGUGUGCUCGGUUGUGUUGGUUGUUUUUACUUAUGCGGUUAUUGGACCGCUGGCGAAGAAGUUGAAUCGAGAACAUGCGAAUGAUUCGGAAAGUGUUGAGGAGGUGGUGAGUGAGCAGAGUUCGGCGAAGGCGGCAGAGCAGAUUACAGUUUUACCACAGACACAAGCUUGA